GAGAGCAGGGCAGGGAGAUGAGUGAAUUGCACAGAGGAACAAGGAAGCCAUGCAUUUGGAGCUGCGCUACAGGGUUUUUGCAGCCUUGCUCUGUUUUCCCACCUGGAUGGAGGUAGCUGGUGAUACCAACACAUGCCCAGGUGAUCCAGGAUAUCUUUUGGCCCUCUGCCACACCUGUGAGUUUCUUUCUUGCUUCUCUCGGGAAAUGAACCCUCUGCCAUCUAGUAGCACUGAGAACUACAGUGUGACGAGCUACUGGGCCGUCCAGCAGGUGGAUCAGUGGACAGAGAUGCAGGUCAAGGGAAGGUUGACAGCUAUGAGCUAUGGUGGUAUUCCUAGCUUGCUACAUUUCCUGCCUCUGUUGCCUUUUGUCUUGCCUUUUGUCAUUUGGCAUAUUCUCCCAGCGCCAAGAAGCUGCAAGGAGCUGCUGAGCAAGGGGGAGUUCCUGAGCGGCUGGCACACCAUCUAUCUGCCGGGCUGCCGGCCCCUGAGGGUCUUCUGUGACAUGGAUACCGAUGGAGGGGGCUGGCUGGUGUUUCAGAAGCGGUUGGAUGGGUCUGUUGAUUUCUACCGUACCUGGAAUGACUACAAGAAAGGCUUUGGGAACCAGCUAUCGGAAUUCUGGCUGGGCAACGAAAACAUUCAUCUCCUGACGCGGGAGGGGGAGCACCAGCUGCGUGUGGACUUGGUAGACUUUGAUGACCACAAAACCUUUGCUCAUUACCAGUCCUUCCAGCUCAGGGGAGAAGAGGAGAAGUAUCAGCUUGUCUUGGGGCAAUUCCUGGGUGGCUCUGCAGGUGACUCCAUGGCCGUUCACAGGGGGCAGCGUUUUUCCACCUAUGACAAUGACAAUGACACCGGGGAGCAGAACUGCGCUGUCACUGUGCAUGGAGCUUGGUGGUAUGUCAACUGCUACGCGUCCAACCUGAACGGAGGCUAUCCAAUUGGUGAUCGGAAAGGGCAGCUCUAUGGCAUUGACUGGGCAACUGGCAAGGGCGUUGGCACCUCCUACAAGCGCACAGAGAUGAAGAUUCGCUAAAGAGAUCCCAAUGGAGGCCUAGAAAUCAACCCAAGGGAAUGAGUAAAGCAAAAAUUAAGCAGCUAAA